AUAAACGGACUUUCAAUGGUGUCGCUGACAGAAAUUUCUUUUGCAAGUUCUCCGUCAAGUGACAUGUUUCGAAUUAUCAUUAAAAAAUUCAACGAUUUAGCGACAUCUGAAAGCUCGUACAGCUCCAUACAGUGAGAGGAUAAAAAAACCUCAUCGAACUUUCAUAAUCGCGUUGACGGCAAGUAUUUUGGGUUCCAAUUACUCGAACCAAUCUCAUUUAUGGGUUUCUUUUUUCGUGUCGAACCACGACCUUGCUUAGAUAAUGUUCAUUAUAUUGAAACAAAUAAAGCUCAUCUUCUUUCAUACUGUUUGCAGUAUAUCCACUAGUUUCCAAUGCCAGUAGACUGAAAAUCAUAAGAGUCAGCAAGUUUUCGAUCAAAUUAUGAGUGUAGCCUAAUUUUAAGUAACUCGUCAAUUAACCAUGCUUAUAAAUAAAUUGUCCGUUUUCCAUGUAAUUUCAACUAAUUUUAGCUUUGAUAUCGCUAAAUUUUUCUUCGUGCAACAUGCGACAUCGUGCUCGUAUACACGCGAAAGUAUACAACAAAUUAAAAUAUCUAACAUGAAACGUAAAAAAUGUUGAUGUAAACGUAUUUAUCAAUUUAAGAUUAUCUUAGGCCGAGUUAAAUCAUAUUCUUAUCUAGUUCAAUAAUGCUGCGUAUGUGAGUAUAGCAGGUUGUAUAAGAUACUCAUAUUGUCUUUACAGCACGUAAUUGCAUACAAUAGCACACAAUAGUCCGAUUCCUACCUUCAACGCUCGAGAGUUAAUAUUACUUCUGCUCCUGAUAUAAGUAUAGGUACUUUGUGUAUAUAUCCAUGAGAUACACAAAACGAUCGACGUCCUGUCAACAUUCGCAAUCCUCAGGUUAUGUUUGCAUAUGCAGGUCCAGAAAAACGUUAUUUCAUAUAUAAAUCAAGCAAUAUUUUGAAUUGAGUAAUAAAUAUGUGGGAUGAAGAAGACUCGACGGAUUAUCUCGUGCAGCCGUCAUCGGUGACGAGGAACUUUUAUCUUGGUUUGGGUUUAGCUGUGCUGUCAAGUGGAUUUAUCGGUGUCAGUUUUAUUAUUAAAAAAAAAGCUCUGGUAAGACUGCACAGGUAUGGCAGAUUACGAGCUGGUUCAGGUGGAUUUGGAUAUCUACGAGAUUUUACGUGGUGGGCAGGACUAUUAUCGAUGGGUGUUGGUGAAGCAGCCAAUUUCGUAGCUUAUGCAUUUGCACCUGCAUCAUUGGUCACUCCUCUAGGUGCUUUAAGUGUUUUAGUCUCAGCUGUGCUAGCAUCGUAUUAUUUGAAUGAACAUUUGAAUUUAUUGGGAAAAAUUGGUUGUUUGCUGUGUAUUCUGGGUUCAACAGUUUUAGUUUUACACUCGCCAAAAGAAGAGCAGGUAGAAAAUAUGCAAGAGUUAUUAGAAAAAAUGCAAAAUCCAGUUUUUGUGACUUAUGCUUUAUUAGUGGUAUUUGGUUGUUUGAGUAUAAUAACCUUUGUAGGUCCAUUGUAUGGCAAACAAAAUGUUCUUGUAUAUAUUCUUCUGUGUUCAUCAAUAGGUUCAAUAUCUGUAAUGAGUUGUAAGGGACUUGGAAUAGCUUUCAAAGAAACUAUGAAUGGAAAUAGUGAAAUGAGUAAUUGGCUCACUUGGGCUUUGCUUUUUCUAUUGAUAUUAUGCAUUAUGGUACAAAUGAAUUAUCUCAAUAAGUCUUUAGAUUUAUUUAAUACUGGAGUUGUGACACCAAUUUAUUAUGUAUUUUUUACUACAUUUGUGAUAACAGCUUCUGCUAUAUUAUUCAGAGAGUGGGAGCACAUGAUUGUAGAGGAUGUCAUUGGUUGUAUUUGUGGAUUUUUGAUAAUUGUUAUAGCUAUAAUAUUACUAAAUGGCUUCAAGGAUUUAGAUAUAAGUUAUCAAGAUGUCAGACACAUGUUCAGACCAAAAAGAGACAUUCUUGGUCAGUAUGAUAUAAAAUGGGACAGUCUUAAUGACAUAAAUCAUGUUCAAUAUAACACAUAUAAUUAUGAGAGUAUCAAAAAUACUAGGUCUAAGUGACGAAAGGAUUAAAAACAAUCUGAGUGUUCUGUGACCAAGGAAUGUAAAUGGUUACCCAAGGUAAAAUUUUAAAUACAAUAAGAAGCCCUAACAGAUUUUCGCAAAACUGUUAGUUGUUCUCUGUUUUAUUGUAUGAGCUUUUUUGCCUUGUCUAUGAGCAUAUCAAUUUUGCAAUCAAAACUAAGGAAAUACUUGAAAUGUUCUAGUCUGCAAGUUUUGCAUUGUUCCAAAAAAAUAGCUAAUUUAAAUUAUUAUUUAGUAAAUAUUUAAAAAUAAAAAUGUUGAUUGUGACAGGUGAUAUUUUAUAACUCUCUAUCACAGUGAACAGUUUAAAAAUUUUGUGCAAUGGUGAUGUAUUUGCAUAGAUACAUUCAAUUUUUAUAAGACUGUUAAAUUUCAAUUAGUAAUGUCAAUUAUGGUUGCUACUUAAUGUAACAUAGCAUGUACAAGCAUAUUUAUCAAAAUGUUAAAUAGCUAUAAAAAUACACAUAUACCAUGUAACUCUA